AUGUAUUACAUUUUUGGGGAAAGUCGCGGGAAAAAUUUGCUCAAACGUAUAUACCUUGGUAAUAGUUUCUCAAUUAAUAUGCAGGGUCUGUUAGGAGCGGUGUCACCUAUUCUAUUUUUCUCUACGCCCUUCUUUUUAAAGCGCUUAUUGAUUGUGAUUCAAGAGAUUACAUCCGGAGAAGGGGAUACAAGCUCGUACUUGAGAGGGUUGGUCUAUAUUCUUGGAAUGUCAAUUUUUAUCGUAAUCAGCAAUCUAUUAGUUGGACAAUUGUGGUUUUUUGCACAAUCCGAUUCGCAAACACGUAUCAAAUCUAUGUUAAAUAUGGAGAUCUAUCGCAAAACAUUGCGUCGCAUGGAUACCACUGUGAUGGCCGGGGCUAAAAUAAAUAUAAAAGAUCAGAUCAAAAAGGAUAAUGGUGAAAUCGAGGAGAACGAAGUCAGUUCAAUGACCGGCAUGAUUGUUAACUUAAUGAGCACGGAUUCCUCUAGAAUUUCAGAUUUUGCAUCGUUUUGGUCCAUUCUUAUUGAAGCUCCCAUGCAACUUUGUAUCGGUACCUAUUUUUUAUUUACUUUAUUGGGUUGGUCCUCCAUUUUGGGUUUGGCUGUUAUGAUCGUUGCGGUACCUAUCAACCACCUCAACUCAAAAUUACAAAUUGGUACACAAACCAAACUCAUGAAAACACGCGAUAAAAGAGUCUCUUUGAUGAACGAAGUUUUACAAGGCAUUCGUCAAAUCAAGUUUUUCGCUUGGGAAUCCAAUUGGACUAAACGUAUUCUGGAAAUAAGAAAUAUUGAACUCGGUCACCUUCGCACCGUCUAUUUUAGUGAAGUGAUUUUCGGGCUAUUGUGGCAAGGUACCCCUCUUUUAGUUACCACUGUUGCUUUUUGGUCAUUCACAAAAUUAGAAGGGAAAGAGUUAACAGCACCCAUCGCCUUCACUUCCAUGACUAUUUUUCAUGAGCUCAGAAGCUCACUUACCAUCAUUCCCGAAACAAUUAUUCAUUUGUUCGAGACACUCAUCAGUAUAAACCGAAUUGAAAGUUAUUUAUCAGAAGACGAAAUCUCGGACGAUCACCCUAUAUCAUCUGAAUUUUGUAUAGGAUUUAAAAAUGCAACAAUUACCUGGCCAAAAUCAAUUUCCUCAGAUUAUGCAUUUGUAUUGAAAGACCUCAAUGUUAUUUUCCCAAAAAAUCAACUUUCGCUCAUCUGCGGACCCACAGGCUCGGGCAAGACCUUACUCAUGCUGAGUCUACUGGGUGAAACAGAAGUUAGCAAAGGGUUGGUAUUGUGUCCUAGCCACAUUUCUUUGUCAUCUAGUCUGGAUAGUUCCAUCUUUAUAACAUCAAUCAAGCCUCUCAAAGACGCACCGAUUGUCCCAGAAGAUUGGAUUCUUCCAUAUGCAGUUGCUUAUGUGUCUCAAACCGCCUGGCUACAAAAUGCUUCCAUCAAGGACAAUAUCUUAUUUGGUUUACCGUAUGUUCAAAACCGCUACAAGGCUACUUUGACCGCCUGUGCUUUAGACAAGGACUUGUCAUAUUUGGAAGAUGGCGAUACUACAGAAAUUGGUGAAAAGGGAAUUACUUUGUCUGGUGGACAGAAGGCGCGUGUUGCUUUAGCAAGAGCUGUUUACUCUCGUGCGCAAAAUGUCAUGAUGGAUGAUGUAUUAAGUGCAGUAGAUGCACAUACCGCGAAACAUUUAUACAAAAACUGUCUUCUGGGCCCACUAAUGAGCGGUCGAACUCAGAUUCUGAUCACGCAUCAUGUCAAUUUAUGUAUCCAAGGGGCAGCACAUGUGGUUUUUGUCAAAGAUGGUCGUAUGGAAUUAUCAGGAUCUCCUGCUGAAUUAAAAAAGAACGAUCAAUUGUCUAUGAUUUUUGAAGAAAACGUUCAAGAAGGUGAAUACGAAGAACAAGAAGACGAGUCGCCAGUUAUUGCAGAGAUACAAAGAACCGAUGACAAACCAAAGACACUAGUUCAAGACGAAGGUCGUGCAAGUGGCACAGUCAAGAUGAGACUUUACCAAUUGUACAUAAGAUUAGUGGGUAACUGGUUCUUUUGGACAUGUAUUAUUUUGGCAAGUGUCGGUGUCAAAAGUUUAGACAUUCUUUCCAACUGGUGGUUAAAAAAAUGGGCCCAAUCCUACGAAACAUCAACUGAUAAUUUCAUUCCUACCCACAUUUACUCUGGUCUCAAUCAAUUGGCAGCUACACCAGUUAUUAUUUCUAAAGAAGAUGCUUCCAAAAGUUUAAAUAGAUAUUUAGGCAUCUACAUCAUGAUGAAUCUAGCCAAUAUCGUAUUGAGCGUUUUACGGUACGCCUACAUGUUUUAUGGUGGUCUCCGUGCCAGCAAAAAACUCUAUGAACAACUCUUGGACCGUGUUUUUCACGCACCCCUUCGUUUUUUUGAUACAACACCCGUUGGCAGAAUUAUUAAUCGAUUUUCCAAAGAUAUUGAAACCAUUGAUUCUAGUGUCUCCAUAGAUAUCAUGCAGUUCUCUGUUAAGACCAUCAUUGUUCUAUCCAUUGUGGUAGUAGCCAUUACAGUCCUACCCGCUUUAGUCUCACUCAUGGCCAUAACCGCUAUUUUUAACAUUUACUACGGAUUGAAAUUUGUUGCUGCUUCACGAGAGCUUAAAAGAAUGGAUUCCGUCAGUCGAUCUCCCUUAUUCACCCUCUUUAGCGAAACCAUCGUCGGUGUCACCACCAUUCGUGCCUUUGGUAUGUCACAACACUUUAUGCUGGAUAUGCUUCAUCGGAUCGACGUCAAUGCAAGGCCCAUGUUUUAUGCGUGGACAAUUGGUCGUUGGGUCAGUGUUCGCAUAUCCAUGAUGGGUGCUGUUGUGUGUCUUGUAACAGGUGUAACCAUCUUGUUUAAUCUAGACCGUGUAGACGCGGCAACUGCUGGUUUCUGUUUGAGCUAUGUUCUCGUGUUUACAAACAUGAUGUAUUGGACAGUUAGAAGGUAUACUCAGGUUGAAAUGAGUUUUAACGCGGUUGAACGUAUUGUUGAAUUCUUGGAGAUGGAUCAAGAAGCACCUUCAAUCACCGAUGUCAGACCCCCGUCUGAGUGGCCUAGUAAGGGGUCCAUCCAAGUAAAUAAUCUGCAUGUAAAAUACGCAGAUGAUCUCGAAACUGUCUUGAAAGGACUUACAUUUACUGUCAGGCCCAAGGAGAAGAUUGGUAUUGUUGGAAGAACAGGAAGUGGUAAAUCCACUUUAGCACUUGCCUUUUUUAGAUUUAUUGAAGCAUCUGAAGGCUCCAUCAUUAUUGACAAUGUAAAUAUUGCGGAUAUUGGAACCCAAGACUUGCGUAGUAAUUUGACUAUUAUUCCUCAAGAUCCCGUGCUAUUCUCAGGCACACUUGGAUCCAACAUGGACACAUUCAACGAAUUCUCCGAAGACGAGAUUUUUACAGCGCUACGUCGUGUACAUCUAUUGGAUGAGGAAACUUCUGAUCAGGAUAGUGUAUUUCAAAACCUCAACACACCUGUCAGUGAGGGCGGUCAAAACUUCUCACAGGGUCAAAGACAACUUUUAUGUCUUGCACGUGCUCUAUUAAAAAACCAAAAGAUUGUACUGAUGGAUGAAGCAACUGCAAGUGUGGAUUUCAAAACAGAUAAAGCGAUCCAAAAAACAAUAGCACACGAGUUUGCAGAAAGUACAAUUCUGUGUAUCGCGCAUCGUCUGAAUACAGUCAUUGAGUAUGAUCGUAUCUUGGUAUUAGAUCACGGUAAGGUUGUUGAAUUUGAAAGUCCGUUAACUUUGUUACGGGAUACAGAUUCUGCAUUUCAUAAGAUGUGUCGUCACUCGGGUGAAUUUGAAUAUCUUUUGGAACUUGCUAGAGCAAAGCAUGAAUUAGUAGAUAUAAGUCUUGCACAAUGA